AUGGGAGAACUUUCAGGACAUCCACGACCGAUUGUGCCGGUCAAGCGAUAUCGAACUCGCAGUUCGGUCCCCAAAUCAGAGAAGGAUGGCUUUGAGCUGCGGCAGGACCCCAAAGACGACAGCGAUGAUGGUGAAGAGGCCCGCAAUGGAUUGCGCAAGAAAAAACCAGGAUUAAAGACACACGCGACAUCCCUAGCGCCAGGACCCGCGGACGAAGAAAGUAACACCCAUUCGUUCCUGUCCCUUCCCGCCGAGAUCCGCUCCGAGAUCUACCAAUACUCCCUCAUCGCACCCGACCCUUUAGCCUUCCAACCCGCCGGGACGCGGAAACUUCCCACAGCGGAGAGAGGAUUUUGGAGAUUUCUCUACAAGGACUGGGAAGCGCAGCAGCGCGAAUACGCCCAACACGAGCCCCGACUGAACCGGCUCGCCCCCGCGCUCCUCGCGAUCAACUCCCACAUCCACCGGGAAGCCGCCGACGUACUGUACGGCGGCCAAGCCUUCACCUUCCAAAACUACGCCAUCGCGUACUACUGCCUCUCGCGGAUGGGCGCCGCGAACCGCGCUCGGAUGCGCGCCAUCAGGAUCCUGGGCCAAGCCGCCCAUGGCGCCGGGAGUCGGACGCGAAUCGCGCCGGCGUUGAAAUUGCUCGCGGACUGUGUCCAGCUUCGGAGUCUCUUCCUCGGGCAUCGCUUCAUGCGACCUCGCGAUCCGCACGAGAGCGCGCGGGAGCUCUAUCGGGACGGCUAUCAGUUCUUCAGGGAGUUCGGGGCGGCGCAGGGCAGGAGGGAUGCGGUGCUGGAUGUUUUGGAGUUUGACCGCACGCAUCUCGAAGACUGUGGGUUCCUCUUCGGCGCCCCGACGGCGAGCGCGAGCACGCUCCGUUCCGAAGGGCAACAGUGUGAACAGGCGGUUCGGGACCAUUUACGGGCGCUUUUGGAACACGAUGAACCACGCAAUGGGAAGAAAACCCACGAGAGCAAUAGGACCGAUGAGAGAGAGGAAUGA